UGCAGAGUUAACCCCACCCUAUCAGCCCUGAAACAGGGGUGCUCACUGCGACGUCGAAACUGAGGCUGAGUCUGCGGCGAGAGAUGAAGAGUUGCUACUCCGGCGCGUAGAGGCGAAAGUUAUGGCACGGCCAUCCUCCUCGGAGCAGAGCGGAGCGUCCCGCAGCAGUUUGUGCCACAGUCCCGCACCGGGAGCGCGCAUUGCCUUUCAGACACGCGAGAAAUCCCUUUCACGCAGCCCGUCAAAUCAAUCUAAGUGGGAUAAAUAGAUCUGAGGCGAGUCGGCGACGACAGGGGGAGAAAUUGUACAGUUUAUUCUCUGAGGAGUGAGUGAGGGGCGCAAUGUAACAGGCCUGCCGAGUAAAGAUAACCGACCCACAGCUCUGCACGGUUUAAAGCUGAUCUGGUUGCAGCCAUAGUUCCAAGUGCUCUUCACCAACCCUUAGAAUGACACUGCAGGACUUCUGAGUCCUUUCUUCACCUUCGGUGCCUUCAGGGAUAAUACCAACCCAGCAUUACAGUGAAACAAAGGCCACCAUGAAUCUGUUCGGGAGAGAUGCAAUGACCACAAAAAAGGAGAAGGAGAAAGAAAUUCAGUAUGAGGACCCUCCGGAUGGAGGUUGGGGCUGGAUGGUGGUGCUCCAUUGUUUCCUGGUAUGUUGAUCUGGUCUUUUUAAGACAGCCUAAUGUUUCCCCCUAAAGAGGUUGCAAGAAAACCAACAUUAUUGAUAAAGAGGUCAGCGUGAGUAUCUGAACACAUUGCAUUUGUUGUUUUCCUCACCUUGAUUUUUGCAUACUACUUCUGCUAGUUCGCACACAUGCACCAGGAUGAAGAGGUAUGGUAUUAGUUAUACGGCCUACCUCGGACAUUUCACUUGUUCUUCUUGUAUUUUCUUUUUUUUUUUGCAUUUUUACUUAAUGCCACAAAAAACUUCCUCUGAAUGAAAUUGUUUGCUGUAUUAAUAAAUGUUAAAGAAUCUUUAUUAAAUGGUAUUUGUAACAUGGAUUGUAUUGAGGAGGUUGAGGUAGAAUUCGCCUCCUCCUUUAUCACACAAGAUCACACCCUCAUAUAUCUACACUAUGAGGCAGUGGACUUAUUAACAUUUCUGUAUAUUGGUAUUUGUGUGUAUUCGCAGGUGAAUGUCCUUGUGAUGGGCACAUUAAAAAGCUUUGGGAUCUUCUUUGUUGCAUUCCAAGAUGAGUUUGGAGGUUCAGCAGAGAGCAUCAGCUGGAUAGGUUCCAUCAUGUCUAGUUUACGUCUGUCUGGAGCACCCGUUGCCUCUGUGGCCUGUGCCAAGCUGGGACCGAGGGUGACCUCAAUCUCCGGGGCAGUGCUAGUUAGUGCAGGCUUCAUCAUAAGCAUCUUUGCCAACAGUGUGGUAUACCUCUACAUUAGCAUGGGAGUGAUAGUCGGAAUGGGUUUUGCACUACUAUACCAGUCGUUUUCAGUGAUAACAGCGCUGUACUUUAGAAAACGUCUGGCCACAGCGUAUGCGAUUGGUCGAUCUGGAAUGGGUUUGACCUUUGCCCUAGCUCCAUUCACCCAGCUGCUUCUGGACCAGUAUGCUUGGCAAGGUGCAAUGCUGAUUCUCGGGGGCCUCAUGCUGAACUUGGUGGCUUCUGGAAUGCUUCUGAGACCCAUCAACGUGAAGCCGUCUGUUUCCAAUCCUACUUCUUUACCCAUCCAAAAGAGCCCUGCCAUUUCCCUCAAGAGCUCUGAAGAAAAGGAAUACCCUAAAAGCUGCUUGAGUAGCUCUCCUCCUUUAUCCAAUGGUGUCUCCAAAGUAGGCUCUCUCCCAUCAUCUUCUCCACCUCACAGGGACAUUGAAAAUUUGAGAGGAAAAUGCCUUCAUAGACAUGAGAGCCCGUCAUGGAACCCUGAAUUAACUAGACUGGUCCUUAACAACAUAAAUGGCCACGAGCACCAACAUGACUCAGGUCAGUGUAAACCUCCAACCCCAGACAAUCCAGUGGAGAUGAAUGGUAGCAUGAACAGGUCCACCACCGUUGGGGUUCCCUUACAGUCCAGUGUGCCAGUCCAAAACACCAAAGUAUUGGACUUCUCCUUGCUAAAGGACCCAUUCUUUUGCAUUUACACUUGGUCCUUGGUAUUCAGUCAACUGGCCUACUUCAUCCCGUACUUCCAUCUGUCUGCCAGGGCCAGAAACCUGGGCAUCGAUGCCAUGGAUGCUUCUUUCUUCAUCUCUGUAGCAGGUAUCACAGAGACCAUUGCUCAGUUGGCCUCGGGUUGGGUGACAGACAGGAACCUGUUUCAUAAAUAUCACUUCCAUAAAGCCUACCUGAUCCUCUGUGGCUUGGUCAAUAUGCUUUCCCCUCUGGCCACCUCCUACAUACUGCUGAUGGUGUAUGCUGUCUUCUUUGCUAUCUUCUGCGGGGGUUAUAUGGCGCUGCUGCUACCUGUUCUGGUUGAUCUUGUUGGGUCAGAACAACUCAAUAACUCCAUGGGCUUCUCCAUGUUCUUUGUUGGCUUGGGUUGCCUCACUGGGCCUCCACUGGCAGGGUUCCUGUACGACUACACACAGACGUAUGACUGUUCUUUCUAUCUGGCGGGCCUGUGCUACCUUCUUUCCUCCCUCUCCUUGUUCAUGGAGCCACUCGCUCAGCGCUGGAAGGCCAAGAAAAAACUUUCUCAGAACCAGAGAGCAGAAAGCAGUUGUAAGAUUAAUGGCUGCUUCGCCCCUGACCACCUGCAGAACGGUGCUGUGUUAGAGCGAAAUCUGGAAGUUGGACUAACAUGCUCCCAGCCACGGGCCUGCGCAGCUGGGACCCUGGACUCUCACCUAAACCUGGGACCUGGACCAUAACUUUCAGCAAAAGUGUGAUACCAGCAUUACAGUAACACAAGAGCAUACAAUAGUCUGAAUAUUUGAUUAUGCAGAACUUAUAAAAAGCCAAAGUUCUUGUGUUCGGCAGAACAGUUUUAAUAUCAGAGGCACAAAGAUCCCAUCUGAAGGUAAUCCAGCACACAACAGAACAAUGAAUUCUACUUUUCGAUGCAACAACUAAACUGAACAAUGCAGAGCAAGGAACCAAGCUCAAAAUCCUGUCUCCAAGGAUUAUAUGAGGUUAUUAAUCUAAGCACAUAUUCGUGAGGUGUGCUGCAUCUUAAGUCUUGAGAAGCAUUUAUCUGUAUGUGUAAAUCUGUUCUCACUGAUAUGCACUUUGGGCCAAGUUAUGACCGUGCUGCAUGAUUUCUAACUGCCAGGGAGCCAAAAUACUCAGCAACCACCACUACUGUAGCCUGUUCCUAUGUCCCAGUGAGUUAUCUCGUGUAUGAAGCCAAAAAAGCAGAUUGGAAGAUCCACUCUGUGAGAUUAUGGUAGGCAUGUGCUGACAUUUAACUAUAAACUCAGAAUGGUCCGUGCAGACUUGUAGGCUAACUUUUAUCCAGACUCUCCAUUUAAUUGAAGAGCUUUUAUUGUUUGAGCUUUUUUCAACCAACUCACACCCAUUCAUCCCAACGUCCUCCUUCCAAUAGCUCAGUUUGUUUGAAAUCAUAUUAAAAGCUUGAUUUUAAAGGCUGCAGCUGCAGAUGUACUCACUUUCAUCACCUAUUUUUAAACUGGCAUCAACCCUAUUUCACCAUGUAAAGGUCAUCAAGACCUCACACCUAAACUGGCUUUGAUCCCCAAGUAGCUAUUAAACCCGUUUAACUUGCACAGUUGUAUAAUAAAUACAGCUGUCACUACUUAUGCAAUACUUAGAGCACAUUCACCCGGCAGUCAGAACUUAAUUCACUGUAAUUAUUCACAGUUUACCUGUCAGCUUUAUGCUGUAAAUGAAAAUUCUCACUUUCGAGUCUUUUGCACGUAAGCGAUGUUAACUACUUUUGCACAGGGGUUUCAGCUGCUCAGCCGAUUUAAUCAUCUGCGCAUAUGUCAUUGCUCGCAACUUAUUUCAGUUAAACAAAAAAACAGUUCUCCAAAUUUUAAAAAGUUGUACUCCACAGUGCCUUGCAGAAGUAUUAGUAGAACUUGAAUGUUUUCUCUUUUUGUCAUCUAACAAAAAACAAACCUCACUGCAUUUGAUGUGAUAGAAUAACACAAAGUAGACCAUGAGUGUGAAGUGGAAGAAUACAAAAAUACAUGUUUCUUUUCUUUAGUUUUUUUUUUACUAAUAAAAAUGUGAGAAGUGUGGCUUGAAUUUGUAUUCAGCACCUCUUGAAGAGUUGAAAGUAGAUUCGGAAGUCAUGGGUGUGUCUUUACCAUCUUUGCACAAAUAGAGACUAAAAUAUUUGCACAUUCUUCUUUUUAAAAUAAAUGAAAGGUCAAACAGUUUGGAUGGAGACCAUCUGUGAACACCAACUUUCAAUUCUUGCCACAAAUUAAAUGCAUGCUUUAAAUCAUUUCACUGUAGCUCUAGCUGUAUGUUUGUGGUUGUCCUGCUGGUAGGUGAACAUCAGACCCUAGUUCUGAAGUCUUAUGCAGCCUCUAACAGGUUUCCUCUCUGAUGUUCCCUGUAUUUACCUCCACCCAUAUUCUUAUUAACUCUGACUAGCUUCCCUGUUCUGCUGACAAAAAGCUUCCCCAUAUUAUAAUGCUGCCAACAGUGUGUAGGAAGUUAGUUUUUCUGCCUCAAGUAGCAUUUUGCUUGCAAUCCAAAAAGUUACCUGAGCUGUGGAUCUCUGCAACUCCUCUAGAGUUACGAUGAGCAUCUCUGCUAUUUCUCUGAUUAAUAAUCUCCUUGCCUGGCCAGUCAGGUAAGAUCAGCGACCUGCAGCCUGUGGCUAUGGAACCACAUGUAGCGGUUUAGGCCCUCCAAUGUGGGAAUUAACGUGUCAUUCCAUUUAAAAGCAAUAAAAAUGCUGUUUUUAAGCAGGUUUCUAUUUUCAUGCCAUAUUAACAUAACAAAAUUACACUAAUAGUCAUUUUCUUAUAAGGACACAAACAACAUGCUUUUCCAACUUUUUACAGAAAUACGCUCAAUUCAGUGAAAUGUAUAAUUUCACUGUGAGUCUUUUAUAUUUUUCCAAGUUCCAAAACCGUAAAAAUAGAAAUAAGUUCAUGUUUUUUUCUACCAAAAAAAACCCCCAACAAAUUUAAAUUGCAAGUAUAGAAUUUGAUAAGCGGUCUUUUAUCCAUGUAGGUUUUGCUGUUUUAGACAGAUUUGAGUGAUUACAAGGAAGGGUAAAAAUGGCCUUUUGGAUUACAAAGGCUGCUGAAUCCUGAUUUAUGUGGACGACAGUGUCUCAGUAGGUCUGCAGAUGUGCAUGACUCUUCACAUUUUCAGAUGUUGGAUUGCACAGAGCUCUGUAAUAUGUUCUAAGCUUUGAAUAACCCUUCUUUCAACUUCUACACAACUUUCUCUCUGACCUGUCUUGGGUCUGCAGGAUGUUCAUUAAUGUUCUCAAACAAACCUCUGAGGCCUUCACUGAGCAGCUACAUUUAAACUGAGAUUAAAAUACAUGCAGAUGGACCAGAUUCACUACUUGGGUGACAUUUGAAGGCAGUUGAUAACAUUGGAUUGUAUUUAGGGGUGUUAAAGUAAAACGCGAUGAAUUUGCAUAAUUGUACUGUUAUUGAAAACCAUGUAUCAAUUUUCUUCCACUUCAUUCAAUUAUGCACUACACAGUGUUCUCUGUCACAUAAAAUCCCAAUAAAACCCACUGAAGGCAUAGUUGUAGCAUGACUGAAUGUAAAAACAUUCAGCUGGUAAGAACAGUUUUGCAAAGCCCUUCCUGUGUCUGUAAAGGUUCAUUUAGAAAACUUCAUUUACAAAACCCCAGCUGUCGCUUUUCAAAUGCUACAACUAUAAACUACCUUUUUCAUUUUGUUGGCUCUGAACUGAAAACAUGAUAGUUUUUGACAAUUUAUUUUACUGAUGCAAACCUUCAGAUGAGCAGAUCCUCACUCCUGGCUGAUCUAUGCAACUACACACUCAAUUACUUUCCUUUAACUUAGGGUGCUCACAUUUAUUUGCUGCAAAUCCACCAGCUUUUUAGAGAAGACACCUGUUUGUGCUUUUCUGGAAAUUAUGGUCACAGGUGAAUAUAGAGUUGGUGGAGCUAAAUGCGUUUUCUAUGAAACUGUGUGUGAUUGUUUGUUUUUUUUGUCAGCUUUGUUUUGUCUAUAAAUCUGUGACCCACUGAAAUGAUGAUGCGAUGAUACCCAGUUAGUGUAACACAACUACUUUUGUUGUCCAGACUUUCAAGUACCGGCUGGUGCAAACUUACAGCGUCAUGUUUAAACACGAGAGUCUGUUGGUUCUUGAAUCUUUUUUAUAAAUGUUUUAGAGUUUUUUUGUGUUUUCUUUGUUGUUGUUUUUUCACCAUUUGCCUUACAGGGUGAUGUAUCUUUUACUACCUUUCCUGUAAUGUCAGCCAAAGAUCACAUUAGAAAACCUACUGACGACUUGAAGCUUAUAACUGCACAGAAAUAAAAUGGUAUGGACUGUGA